CCCGUCUCGGUGGCCAGGCUCAGUCCAAGAGUCCCACACUCUUGAAGCUGAAUCCGAUUUUGCUCAUUGAUCCACAGUACGUAUAGGCGUAAUUGCCAGGCAUCUAGUUGCCAGCGAGCCCUCUCGGGCAGAUUGGUGAUUGGUUGGUGCAUCACGGGUCCAGUUUCAGGCACAAUAUUCAAAGGGGGCGGUGCAUGAAUGCCCUUGGCUUAAAUAUCCUCGAGCCACCAUGGUCCUGAUGCAUCGAGUUCAGCAAACAGCCAGCGCGUCAAACCUCUUCACCUGACGAGGCCAAACACAACAACACUUCUACACGAUGCCCUCCCAACAAGACACUAUGCUAUGUAACGCAUGCAGCGACCUACUCUCGGUGGUCAAGACACAUCCACCGGGGACCUGGACUGGUGUCAAGCCAGCACUCUUUGAACACCCUGAGGAACCGAACGAAUGGGCGGGCUCCCACCACAUUCAUGUGGGCGACUUCUAUGAGGCCGUCCAGCAGGGAUGCUACAUCUGCUGGACGAUCUAUCGAGACUGCAGCAACGAGCUUCGAGAGCAAGCGCCCGCAUUUCGCACAUUCUACCAACUUCGUUCGCUGGACGCUGAUGGCACACUACCUCACCUAGAGGACCAUUACGAGUUAGAAUUUACUACCGAGAUCUUAGACGGAGAGGCGCCGAUCGCUAAACUACAAGUUUUCGACUGUAGCGGCGUUUUCAAAAUCCUUCCGAAAAAUGAGGUAUCUGCUUCGGGGGAGCCACUCGCUUUAACACCAAACACGUUUUCUGGGAGAUGUAAAGACCAAGUUCGGCAGUGGCUCGAUAAUUGUCGUGCGACGCACCUUCGAUGUAACCAAGACUGGCGCUCGGGAGCUGGCUCUCCUGCCCGCUUGUUGCACAUCGACUCGGAUUCUAAGGGUGGAGGCACUUUCCGCUUAGAAAUGUUUGCAAACAAAACCCGCCCCCCCAGAUACGUUACCCUAAGUCAUUGCUGGGGAGCUGGUACGGCAGUUACGUUGACCGAAGAGAGUCUGCCACGCUUAUCGGCAGAGUGGUCUCAGAUCAACUCGCUUCCCAAGAGAUUCCAAGAUGCUAUGCAGAUUGCCAGCUGGAUGGGAGUUGACUACAUUUGGAUUGAUGCGUUGUGCAUCAUCCAGGACUGCCGAGACGAUUGGAUUGCAGAGAGCACGAAGAUGGGCGACAUCUACACCAACUCGUUUUGCAAUAUUGCGGCGACCAGCGCUGAUCCUCAACAAGGAUGUUUUACGGAGAGGCUUGUUUAUAUGGUGGAGCCAUAUCCGUUACCCAAUCCUCAACUUCAGGACGGAGAAAAGACGUACGUCAUCGGCUACGAUGACUUUUGGAGCAACAGCCUUUCCGACACGGCUUUGCAUACGAGAGGUUGGGUUCUUCAAGAGCGCUUGCUGAGCCCGCGGACCAUCCAUUUCGGGCAGGAACAGAUAUUCUGGGAAUGCCGAUGUGAAAUGGCCUGCGAAGCCUAUCCGGACGGCAUCCCUGAGCAGUUUCACAACCGAAAAAUGCACACUUGGAGGCAGGCAGACAAAAUCCUCGAUCCAGCUUACAAGCGACCAUCCGAAUGGUCACUGGUCUCGAAAUAUGUGCCACGACUGAUCUCAAAUUGGCUGGCUUCGGGCUCAAAAGGAGACGACUUCCACUGGGUCUACGAAGUUUGGAGCAGGAUCGUCGAGGCGUACAUGGAAUGCAAAUUGAGCUACGGCGAGGACAAACUCGUCGCAAUCUCCGGCAUUGCUCAAAAAGUCGCCGAACUCACAGAUGAAAGAUAUCUUGCGGGGUUGUGGGACAACGCACUGCUACCCCAGAGUCUGCUGUGGUGCGUCUUGGGCAGAAGGCAAGCUGAUGGCACUCCAUCAUUGAGAUGUGCUUCGGCAGGAGCCGAGGACUAUCGGGCUCCAUCCUGGUCGUGGGCGUCACUGGAAGCCAAGGUCAUCUGGAACUGGCCGGCCAAGCGUGCCAAGGUCGUCAUGGAGAUCUUGAGUACAGCCAUUGAACAGCCCAAGAACAGCAAAAUGGCCAAGGUCUCAUCCGCGGAGAUGCAAAUUCGAGGAUCUCUGUUCGAGGCUUGUCUCCAAAUUGCCAGCCGGGAUGUGGACGGAAAACCCGAGGAAGACGGAUUAUAUACGUUGGUGCUCAACAGUCACGACGACCCCAACGACAUGCAAUCAUACUGGAUGGAGCCCACCAUCUACCUCGAUACGCCGAUGAUGCCAGACUCCGAUUCCAUGGAUGUGUUUCUACUUCCAAUCUGCACACAGUGGCAGGGGCGAUCUGGAGUGGAGCCAACAGUUCUCGCCGGCCUCCUGUUGAGAAAAUCGGUGUCGCCUACAGCCGAGACGAGGUACGAGAGAAUUGGGAUAUUCGGGUUGGACCACAGCCAGGCUUGCACGGUUUGUGGUAUUCGGCCCGAAGACAGCGGCUCCAUCGAGAAUGCACUGGGGAGUAUGAGACGGGAAGACAUAUGCCUCAUAUAAUGGAGGGCGCCAUGGACAUUCGACUUGAAUUGUCCCUCACGUUGAUUUGGCCAAACGGUCUUUAUGCUGGAUUCAGCACUCAUUAACCUAUGUCAUUGAUUCAUAUGCUUUGACAGUGGGCACUUAACGGGGGAGAGGGAAAUCUGGAAAAGCGAUUUUAUACAUCUAUGUUAGUGUUAAAUUAUGUAGCCUAGGAUCUGUAUGAUCAGAACGUGGUAGGGAUUACGAGGUUCAGCUGCCCCUUCUCGACGCAGAGAACUCGCACCAUUAUUAAAACUGUCCCC